AUGUGCUUUGGCACGAGUUCUGGAAAACUAAGCCAACUGGCACAUUAUGGUCCUAUUGGUGCCAUUAUUCUGAUUUUAUGGAUAACUCUUACUGCGUUCCAUUGUCUUACUAAGUGGUUUCCACCUGAAAGUAACGAUCCAUUAAGUGUAAUUAAUUUUCUUAUUUUUUGGAUAUGGCCAGUUGUGAUUUUUUACAAUUAUUUUCGAGCUAUCUUUGUUGGGCCAGGAUUCGUACCAAAAGAAUGGAGACCAGAAAAAGUUGAACAUGAAAAAUAUCUACAAUAUUGUGACAUUUGUGAAAGUUUCAAAGCUCCGCGCGCACAUCAUUGUAAAAAAUGUGGUCGAUGUGUUCUGAAACUUGAUCAUCAUUGUCCAUGGAUAAAUACCUGUACUGGUCAUUUUAAUCAUGCAAAUUUUUGCUGGUUUAUGUUUUAUGCAAUACUUGGCUGUACACAUGGUUUAUUAAUGCUAUGUCCAUGUAUAUAUAGAGCGCUGUUUGCUCAAUAUUAUAUUUAUGCUCGCAUAAAAGAUGUUCCCAUUAUUUACUUUACCUUCGUUAGUUUAAUUUCUUCUAUACUUUCGAUCGGUCUCGCACUUGGUGUUAUAUUUGCCGUCGGAUUUUUAUUAGCUGUUCAAUUACGCAGUAUUAUCCGUAAUCAAACUGGCAUUGAAAGUUGGAUAUUACGCAAAGCACUCGACCGUAGUCAUCGUCGAAAAAAUCCAUUUAUCUAUCCGUAUGAUCUUGGCUUUAAGGAAAAUCUUCGUCAAGUAUUUAAUUGGCGAGAAACAUUCAAUGUUAUUGGUAAUGGUAUAAUAUGGCCUGUUUGUGAAGGCGCUGAUGAAUAUGCUUUAACACGUGAGCAAAUUGAACAAAAAAGAGAAAAACGUCAACGUACUGUUCGUUACAGUGUUAUUCAAUCGUAUAAAGGUUCAUUUAUAACAUAUCACUAUGGCUUUCGUACGUGUAUAUGUAUUCCUUGUUCGGAUGAAGCUCGUAUACCAAUUGAAAAAGAUGACUAUGUUCUUGUGACACGUUGGGAAAAAUAUUGGCUAUAUGGUGAACGUGUUAAAGCUGAUGAAACAAAGAAAACAGAUGGUACCAAAAGUCGUUUUCGACAUCGUUCACGUGGUUGGUUUCCACGUUGUUGUGUAUUUGAAGCAUUUCGAAUGGAAGAUUUAUGGUCAGGAAAAUUAGAUCCCGAUUCUGAUGUUGUACGUGAACAACUAGAUAAUAUAGCUCCAGAAGAUCUUGAAGAUUACGACGAACAAGAGCGUGUGGAACAAAAUGAACAAAAUGAACAAGCUCAACAAGAAGAUACAAUAUCAGCAUCAUCGAAGGAAUCCCCGAAAGUAUUAAGAAACAGAAAAGCACGCAAAGAAAAUUAA